AGGAAGCAGCUUGGGAAUGCAGCCGUGAGAAACGGGAAGGAGCCUCGAUUGGGGUUGAUGCAUCUGCCCAUCGAGCUCAUCACCAUGAUUGUCAAUGAGAUCGACUUGAUAAAUGACCUGAGCAGCUUCUCGAAGGUGAACCGAGUCUUCCUCGAGCUCUAUCAGUUCAAUGUUUUCGCCUCGGCCGUCAGCUGGAAAGUUGUAUGGGGUGAUAUCACCCAAGUUAUGCUCGAUUUAUUCUAUCACGGAGUACGCCACGACUCUGUUCGGAUCGUCAGCAUUCUCACCCACCAUAUCCAUGAAAUUGUCUCCGACAUGAAGAUCAAGGGAUAUAUACCCAUGGAGCCUUUCAAGUCCAAGAGGAUCACAUAUUUCCACCAUGCGCUUGUCGCAGAUGCCCCCAAGGUCUCGGCUUAUCUUGCUGCGGAUGACGACAUGUUCGACGAAAGCUUUGAGUACUACCCAAGCAUGGUGGCCAUUUAUCAAGCUCUGUUCCCACAGACCAUGGCCGCCCAAUGGGAGCUUAACAAGGCUCUUCGUGUUGCUUGUAAUUACGGUCUUUCCCGCACGACGUACGUCCUCCUAAAUCGCGGGGCCGAUCCCAUGGAUAUGAGCCCGUUUGGCCUGAUGCCCAUCCACUUGGCCUUGGCUAAUCGCCAGCCCUGGUGGGACUCGGACAAGUACAAACACCAGUAUAAAGGUGGCUUUGAAGUCGGGCCCAAUGUCCACCACCUGGACGCGGAGCAACUGGCGCAGUGCAGCAUUUCCGCGCUGAUCAAGUAUGGCUGUCCCGUGGACCUUGCGUCUGCGCAGAUGAGACGACACAAGUGUGACCACAAGUGCUUGGGAUCUCCCGAUUGCGACCAUCAAAACCAGACACCGCUGCAUAUCGCAGCCAAGAUCGACUUCGGAGAGGUUGCCGACUUCCUUCUCAAAAAAGGCGCCAACCCUUACACGCCGAACGGAGAGGGUUACACCCCUCUGUACUGUGCUAUCGUGCAGGAAGGCUCAAAGGCGGCCGGUGUCAUAUUUAAGAGCUGCCACCCCGUCGUGAACCCGGUUGUGCACAUCCCCACAGGGACGACGGCGUUGCACAUUGCCUGUAGGUUCGCGUUACCUGCAAUGGUCGACAGGCUGCUGGAGGCUGGCGCGGACCCGGAUGUGAUCAACAGCCAUGGCCUGACUCCUCUACACGAAGUGCUCUCUCAGACCCAACCUGAUCGUAGUCGUCAGGUGUAUUUGGUGCUGAAAAGCCUUGCCCGUUUCAACGCAGAUCCUGCUACUCCUAGUUCCGCUCCCAAAACGCCCUGGGACAUGGCCAAAAACCACCCAUUUCCCGAUGUCCAGGAAAUGUUUGCCGACCACACGCUGAUGACGUUCUGGGAGCUGGACCAGCUGAUUGGCGGCAACAGUAGUCCCCAUCGCAAAGGCCGACGUCAAACAAAGCGCGGCAGCCAGGCAAUCAAGCGCACGGACAAACAGGCUCCUUCGCAUACCAUUGCCCCUUCAUCUCCGAUAGAGGCACAAUACAAGGUCCAGUCGACUCAGUCUGAUAGCCGGUCGGGGUGGGGUGGCUGGUGGGGGGAUGCAAAGAACCCGUGGAAUGGAAAAGGCCCGUGGGAUGAGGAGCCGCGGCCUGAAGAUGACGCGUGGGAUGAACCGAGCCCGAGUACUGGAAUGAAACCAGGGGUGACAGAAACACUAACCCAAGAAAACUUCCUGGAUUUCGGGGAGGAUCUCAUCCUGUUUGACAUAACCACUCCGAUGAAACCCUCCCCGGCGGCUUCACUGCAGACUCAAAUAGCGAGCGCGGGAUGGAGGCCAAAGCUGCUGACUUUGAACAACAAGCCCGCAAAGCCGAAGCCGAAUGCGUCCCCUUUCUCUGAGAUGGAGAGCCGAGAUGCCGCCAAGAAGGCCGCAAGUGAAUAUGCUCCUUCGGCCAGCUCACAAGGAACCAAAAAGGGACAGUCAAAGAAGAAGUGGGCUCCUCUCAAGCUCUGAGUGGACAAGACAGCAUGUGUGGCUUUGACUGCUAUGUUGCGAGUCUUUCAUGUCUGGUUGCAGGGCUCAUCAAAGUCCCGUUGUUUUCACCAAAUUAUGAUGGAGGACGAAAAAAAAAACUGCGUUUUAGGAGCAUGCUUAAGAUAUCUAACGCUCGUACGUGGCUGCAGUUUGAUUAUCAGGUUUGGUCGGUAAAUCUGCAUAUUUAUCGGUUGGAGUGAG